AAUAAGAGACGGGGACAGGAGGAGAAAAACGUAUAACAGACACUAUGUGUUAUGGAAAAUAACAUUGACAUCUAUAUCCGCCGUUCUGCACUCUUGCCUGUAGACCCCACCUUCCCUUAUCUAUGAACCAACCACCACCACAAUAAUACAAUAAAUGUAAACAAUGCAACUGACACAUGGUGUCUCCAAUCACAACACAAUUUCCACUCAAACUUCGGAAGUUGCACACUCUUUACACUUGGUUCGUCUCGUUUCGAGUAUAAGAGCUAAACAUAGCCAAACCAAGAGUAUGUGCAUGGAGAGAUGUGCGCACGCGAGAAAUGUGAACCUGCUAUUUUAAGGACACGAAGUUCUUCUAGCCAUUGUACUCAGGCGACAGGCGGCAAUCAGUAGGAAUAUUAUAUUAGCUUCGGAAACAACACCACAACUGUUCCGCAACCAUCACAGAGCAACCCUCAAAAUUAAGAGACAACGAACACGAAGGCGACAGGGCAAUGAAGACAAUUUCAUACUCACACCCCUAAGGCUAUUGCAGAACAUGUCAAGGCGACUAGGCGACAGAGGAAUAUAUGUUGUCAUCGACUUGGUGGAAUCAUUGGAUGAAUCAUUAGUAGAAAUUAUUAAACGGAAGUUUCGGUCGGUAAAGAGUUAACGGGAGUGUUGGAAAUUACGCAAUACGUCCAGUUGUUUGUUUGUCCGAGCAAUGUACCAGUGAGCUGCUAGCCUCAAGAGCACUGGAGAAUUCAUUAUGCCCACAACUGAUGCCCGUCCCAACAACAAUGGAACUACAGCCGGCAAUAGACGCUACGAAAAGCCAGCUGAUGAUGAAUGGAUUACAAGUGGCGGACUGGGUUCCAGAGACGCCGUACUGGUGUUUCGAACAACGGUUUUAAAUUCAAGGCCACAGCAGCUGCAGCAACAUGUAAGUCGUUCUAGCUCCAGUGGAGCUUGUGUUAAGCAAGACGACGAAGAUGUGGAGACCACGUCGGACAAGAAUGUCACAAAAUUGCGGAAGGAAAAUUCCAAGAGUAAAUCUACUUCUAGUCUCAGCUCGAACAGUGGCAAGGUAGAAGGUAACGAUGCUAACGAAUUACAACAACGAAGAAUUGGCACAAGUAUUCGUGGCUCUCCGAUUGGCAAACAGAAACGAUGUGUUGUAUCCAUACCAAAGCACUUAGAUAAGAAAUUAUGGGAUUCUAUGUCAUCCAGCGACAACUCCAUAUCCAGUGAUGGCAACGAUUCGGAAGACAAUGAAAAGGAAUUAUCGUCCAGCAAGCGAUCCUUUGAAAAUAGGCCGCGCAACAAUGCCACACAGUCAUCGGAAAAUGAGCUUGACAACGACAACGAGCAAGAACAUGAGCACGAUAACGAUGGUGAUGUGGAUCACACUCCUGCCGCCCUGGACAUGCCUGCCACAAAUCUUAAGUUGACCUAUAAAUUUCUCCAAACCGAAACAAAGUUACUGCGUAAAAUAUUCGCUAGACAUGGCCUUACCGAAGCUGAGGACGACGAGUCCUUUAGCAUUCUAUGGACUGGAAUACACAUGAAACCUGAUAUGCUAAGAAAUCUAUCCCCAUAUCAACGGGUCAACCAUUUUCCGCGAUCGUACGAGCUGACACGCAAAGAUCGUCUCUACAAGAACAUCGAACGUAUGCAGCACUUGAGAGGUAUGAAGCACUUCGAUAUAGUACCACAAUCAUUCCUAUUGCCUUUGGAAUAUAAGGAUCUGGUGACGGCACAUAACAAGUGUCGAGGUCCGUGGAUAGUAAAGCCAGCAGCCUCCAGUCGUGGACGCGGCAUUUUUAUAGUCAACUCACCCGACCAAAUACCGCAGGAUGAACAAGUUUUGGUAUCUAAAUAUGUUGCUGAUCCGUUGUGCAUUGAUGGCCAUAAAUGUGAUUUGCGUGUAUAUGUGCUGGUCACAUCAUUCGAUCCACUCAUUAUAUACCUGUACGAAGAAGGAUUGGUGAGAUUGGCCACUGUCAAGUAUGAUCUGGACGCUGACAAUCUAUGGAAUCCAUGCAUGCACCUCUGCAAUUACAGUAUUAAUAAAUACCACACCGACUAUAUCAAGUCCAGUGAUGCUCACGAAGAAGACGUGGGCCAUAAGUGGACAUUGUCGGCCCUAUUGAGGCAUUUGAAAUCUCAAGGUUGUGAUACUCAUAUGUUAAUGGCCAACAUAGAAGACUUGAUUAUCAAGUCGAUAUUCUCAUGUGCCCAAUCCAUUAUAUCGGCAUGUCGUAUGUUUGUGCCGAAUGGGAACAAUUGUUUCGAGCUUUACGGUUUUGAUAUACUGAUUGAUGAUACGCUAAAACCAUGGUUGCUGGAGGUGAACUUGUCGCCGUCCAUGGGUGUUGAUAGUCCCCUGGAUGCUAAGGUCAAAUCAUGUCUCAUAACUGACCUCUUGACGUGUGUCGGAAUUCCAGCUUAUAGUCCGGCUAUGAGGGCUCAUUACGACAGCCGAUGGACACGUUUUCGAAGUGUUUCCCAUAAUAGGCGUACCAGUUCUGCUGAGCCCACUGCUGCAGGUGCUGGGGGAAGUAUGAAUAACAAGCGUUCUUCGGUCAGCACAUCCGCUUGUAAGAAUUUAACCCUGGAAGAACAGCGCAUUCUUCGUAAUGCACGUUUCCAAAAUGCCCGACGUGGAGGAUUUGUACGCAUUUUUCCCACAGAAGAUAGUAUGUCCAGAUAUGGAAAUUUCCUGGAUUCCACUACGGGCAUACCAAUGUCAACGCCUGUACUGCAAGGCCAAACCUUUCAAUCGACAAUGUCACAACACAAUUACAAUCAACUUUUGUACCAGCAACUGUAUGGUGGCAAGCAGAGUGGGGAUAUGAAGGAGGGGAAUUCAUUUGAAGAACGUAUGGGACAAUAUGAACGGGCUUUGGAAACAGCCUCUCCCAUAUAUUUUGAUACAAAACGCAUUGAACCCAAGUGCGAAGAGGAGGGCAAGCGGCUGCGUAAGCAAGUCCUAAAAUUGAUACAGAACGGUUCAGAGCUUACUCAGCUGCAAGCACGUCAAAGUUUUAGCACAUACCUAGAGGCGAUUUUGCGUCGCUUGGUACUGGAACCCAAAGAUAGUCAUGAAAAGAUAAUCUUAAAAUUUCUUAACCGCGUUGGAGGUGCAGUGAAAGCACCAGUAUAUUUUAGAAAUCCUCAAAAUUUCGGAGCUGUGAGUAAAGCUCGUUCUGCCAUGGUGGCCAAAUUGCUUGGCGAUUUCCUAGAACAAUACAACCGAGACACUGAAGCCUAUGUAGACUCCUUCGAUCACAUUGCAAUGAUUCCAACCAGUCUCUUUCUCGAAUUCCUAUCGCAAGCCCAGGAAGCAGAUCUCGAAGCAGUUUUGGGGCUACACACUAAUAUUACGGGUACUAUGCCAUAUCUAUACAACAGAUGUGGUCUGUCUGUUCCACCCACUCCGCCUAUACCCUCGGGUCUACAUGGUUUCCUUAAAGCUUUGCCCGCUAUGGUUUUGUGUGGUUCUGGGGCACGUGAUUUCAAUAAAACCGACACAUAUUAUCGGCCAUCUGCCACCGGCGAUAAGGAUGGGACAGCCACCACAAACAGCAGUAGUAGAAAGGAACAAAUCAGAAAAUAAUAUCCCUUCUUACUUCUCACCCCUCCAAAACUCAAACCAAAUUCGUGAGCUAAUUCACUGGUCAUGAAAAAAGCUUUACUAAAAUUUAAACACAAACACACACACAAACCUUCAGGUGUCAUGUGAUACACGGGAAAUCGAUAAUGCUUUGAGGCCGCUCGCUCGUAAGUGAUGAAUUAAAUGCCUACAAUGAAUCUUAUCUUAAUAAAUAAAUUAAUAAUUAAAUAAAUUCUAAGUUAAGCACACAUUUUAGCUAUUCCAUAUUUUUUUAAAAAAAUAAUUAAAGUAAGUAAAAGAUUUUUAAAAGAAAUUUCCCAAAAUAAUAUUAAUAAAAUUAAAUUAAAAACUUAAAUAUUAAUACUAAAUGACACUAGUCCUUUUUGAAUUAUUAACAACAACAAAAAAUAUCUUUAGCUAAUUGUAUUGUAAACACACAAAGAUUAAGAAAAAGAAGAAACAAAAUAUAUUUAUUUUUUUAAAACUUCGUAAUAAAAGUUCAUCUCUUUGCGAAUAUUUUGCUUAAAAGAA